UUUUUUUUUUCCUAGUCUAUAAUCUAUAUAGUGUCACAUGUCGGUGCUGAUUCUUGAAAUCUAAGUUAGAAAGGUGUCCUUUAAUUAAACUCCAUUUUUGUAGUCUUUUUGUAAAGUAGAGAGUAGCAGAAAGAGGAAAAAGAAUUAUGGGGGAGACUCACAAUCAUGACCACAACCACAACCACAACCACAACCACCAGCCACCGCCGCAACAGGCGGCGGCGCCACCACCCAUGCCACUUGGUUCUGCUAGAGGACCACUUUUCCCCCCUGCGGAGCAACUCCUUCAGCUUCACUACUGCAUACACUCUAAUCCUUCUUGGCCACAAACUGUUUUGCUGGCAUUUCAACACUACAUAGUUAUGCUUGGAACUACAGUAAUGAUUGCCACCGUGCUGGUACCUCAGAUGGGUGGGGGUCCGGGUGACAAAGCUCGAGUUAUUCAAUCUUUGCUUUUCACAUCAGGAGUGAAUACUCUUCUGCAAACGCUUUUCGGCACAAGACUUCCCACUGUGAUGGGUCCGUCAUUUGCUUACAUCAUAUCAGCCCUGUCGGUCGUUAACGAUCUCUCUGACGGUAAUUUCAGGAGUGAGCAUCAGAGAUUCGAGCACACUAUGAGAGCUAUUCAAGGAUCGUUGAUAGUGUCUUCCUUUAUCAACAUAAUACUUGGAUACGGCCAAGCCUGGGGAAAUCUUACAAGGUUUUUCAGUCCUAUUGUCAUUACGCCACUUGUCUGUGUUGUAGGUCUUGGUUUGUUUGGUAGGGGCUUUCCUCAGGUGGGUGACUGUAUAGAGAUUGGCCUACCCAUGUUAAUUCUACUUGUCAUUUCCCAGCAGUAUAUGCAACGUGUUCAUCCAGUUGCCCAAUCUAUACUUGAAAGGUUUGCUUUGCUCCUGUGCAUUGGGCUUAUCUGGGCUUUUGCUGCUAUUCUUACUGUUGCCGGUGCUUACAACCAUGUGAAGGAGCGAACUGAGCUUAGCUGCCGAAUUGACCGUUCGUUCCUCUUGCAAUCGGCUCCAUGGAUCAAAGUCCCUUACCCUUUCCAGUGGGGGACUCCCAUAUUCAGAGCUAGCAGUGUUUUUGGAAUGAUGGGUGCUGCACUUGUCUCAGCAGCAGAGUCAACAGGAACUUUUUAUGCUGCAUCAAGACUUGCAGGGGCGACACCCCCGCCAGCACAUGUAGUGAGUAGAAGCAUUGGCCUACAGGGUCUAGGACAGCUCUUCGCUGGGUUCUUUGGUGCUGUUGUUGGCACUACUGCAUCUGUCGAAAAUGUCGGCCUUCUAGGACUAACUCGUGUUGGGAGCAGAAGAGUUGUUCAAAUUUCUACUGCUUUCAUGAUCUUCUUCUCUAUAUUUGGAAAAUUUGGAGCAUUCUUUGCUUCAAUUCCUUUGCCCAUAUUUGCAGCUAUCUACUGCAUCUUAUACGGUAUAGUUGCUGCUAUUGGAAUUUCCUUCAUCCAAUUCGCUAACAAAAACUCCAUGCGGAAUAUAUACGUGCUCGGAAUAUCUCUAUUCCUUGGUAUAUCUAUACCCCAAUACUUUGUUAUGAACACAGAUAUUGCUGGUCAUGGACCUGUUAGAACUCCAGCUGGUUGGUUCAAUGACGUAUUAAACACAAUCUUCUCUUCACCUCCAACUGUUGCAACAAUUGUCGGGACGUUCGUAGACAACACGCUUGAAGCGAGACACUCGGUUGAUGAUAGAGGUGUUCCUUGGUUGGUUCCUUUCCAGAGGAGAAAGGGAGAUAGCAGAAAUGAUGAGUUUUAUAGUUACCCUCUUAGAAUUAAUGAGUACAUCCCAAGUAGGUUUCUGUGAUAUAAACUUAUACAUCCAUGUAUAUGACUCUGUCAAGGUGUAUGACAAAAUUUCUUUUUAGUCCACAACUUUGCCCUUUUUUUUUCCGUUUCAAUUCUUCUCACAUGAAAUUUGUAAACAUCAUGCAUUUUGAGGCCCUGCAAGUUUUGAUGAUUCAUAUAGCCAAUUGGAUGGCAUGGCAUUCACCACUUUCUGUUUA